AUGGAAGGAAAGAUUAGAAUAGAAGAAGAGCAUUCAUUGGCUCCAUUACAAGACUAUGGUGCUUCUGAGGAUGAAUAUGUGAACAUUUUGAUUGAGAGAGAAAAGGGUACUCUUGCUUUCAAAAAUAUUGAGUCUUUUAUAUUUGUGAAUUGCUUCAAUCAUUCACGAAUGAAUGCUCUUAAUUGGAUUCUUCAGAGUGGUAAGUGUUGGAAAAUGAGGUUACUAUCAAUUGCAUGUCUUACUCUAGCUGCAAAGAUGGAGGAGAGUGAAGUGCCGGUGCUAACCGAGUUUCAAUCGGAAGAUUAUUGCUUCGAAAACAAAGUGAUUCAGAGAAUGGAGCUCUUGGUGCUUAGCACAUUGGAAUGGAACAUGGUUAUGAUCACCCCAUUAGUUUUCCUUCCUUAUUUCAUCACAAAGCUCUGCAAUGAAUCCCAAACAUGCCAUGUUUUGUCCAAGACUAUUCAAAUCAUCUUCACACUAAUACAAGAGGUCAAUUUAAUGGAUCAUAGGCCAUCUGUUAUUGCGGCUGCGGCGACUUUGGUGGCAAUGGAUCAGCACUUGACAGUAGAAUCAGUAAAAUUGAAGAUGAGUUCAAUUCAUGAAUUCAGAUUUCUUGUAGCUGAAGAUAUAUUUGCAUACUAUGAUCAAAUUCAAAGUUUCUACAUUGAGAAAGAAAACUAUAAGACACAAGAGAAGGAGAGUUACACUCAAUAA